UCUUCUCUAACUCAUUUAAUCUUUUAUAAUAAUUAAUAAUAAUCUAGUUUUGACUACUUUCUAAGACUCUUACCAUAUAUCAUGGUUUCAUCAACUUCUUCUUUAGUGUUUAAGUUUUUAACUUUAACACUAUGCUUAUGGUUCUUGUUUGGGACAACAUCCGGUCAGCUAUCGGCCAACUUCUAUGCAAGAACAUGUCCUAACUUUCGUUCUAUCAUAACAAGGGCCGUGAAUUCGGCUGUGUCAAAUGAAGCUCGUAUGGGAGCUUCGUUGCUUCGUCUCCAUUUCCAUGAUUGUUUUGUUAAUGGAUGUGAUGGAUCUGUGUUACUUGAUGACACUGCAAAUUUCACAGGAGAAAAAACAGCAAACCCGAACAGCAAUUCGUUGAGAGGUUUCGACGUCAUUGAUACAAUUAAAACCCAACUAGAACGCCAAUGCCCCGGUGUUGUUUCUUGUGCUGAUUUACUGGCUGCUGCUGCUCGUGAUUCCGUCGUUGCACUUCGCGGACCAAGUUGGAACGUCGUAUUUGGUAGAAGGGACUCGACAACGGCAAGCUUAAGUACCGCAAAUUCUAACCUCCCUUCACCAACUGAAAGUCUGAGUAAUCUCAUCUCAACCUUUUCUAACCUCGGGUUUACUACCAAUGAAAUGGUAGCCCUCUCAGGAGCUCAUACAAUUGGUCAAUCAAGGUGUACUGUAUUCCGUAAUCGUCUCUACAAUGAGAACAACAUAAACUCAACGUUUGCUACGUCGUUGAGAGCAAACUGUCCUUCUAGUGGCGGCGACAACAAUUUGUCGCCACUAGAUUCUACCCCUACAACUUUUGACAAUAGGUAUUUCAAUGAUUUAAUCAGCCAAAGAGGAUUAUUGCAUUCGGACCAAGAGUUGUUUAAUGGGGGUUCAACCGAUGCACAAGUGAGAACUUAUGCUUCGAAUGCUGCUACAUUCUCUAGGGACUUUGCAAGUGCAAUGGUGAAGAUGAGUAACCUUAGCCCUUUGACUGGCUCCAGUGGUCAAGUUAGGACCAACUGCAGGCGUACUAAUUAAUCUCAUACUUCGAGCAAUUCGAAAGGUCAAGAUUUUACAGAAAUAAAGAUUUCGUUUUCAGUUUUUGCUUUCUAUUUCCGAAGUUUAGCUUGUUGUACUGCAAAGAUUGUUUUGAAUUAACCGAGACAAUCUACAAUUGUAUUUCGCUUUUAUCUAUAUAUCUAAAUCUAUAUUUUGUGA